AUGAGACAGAUUGGUGAUCUUCUUGCGCAGAUUACUGGAGAAACCAGAUCAAACUCGAUACAAUCCACAAUCGGCGAAAAGCCCGCACCCAAGCGCAAACUCGAUGACCAAUCACGAAAACCAGUCGAGAAAGCAGUUAAACUGGAGAAGACCACAGAGUUCAUUGCAAAGCGGAAAAUUCCGACAGAUCACUCAUCCUCUGUCAACUCUAAUCUCUCAAGAAUGAAACUAAAUACAGUUGUACGCCCAGCCACCACACGACCUUCACCUAUCACGAAAGCUGCUCAAGUAACACCUUCAUCUAAUGGACCGGUGAAACCUCUUAAAAAGGGCUCAUACGCAGAGAUUAUGGCUCGGGGCAAAGCAGCUCACGCGACCUUGGGACAGGUGGGAAAAAUCCAGCACAAGACUAUUGAAAAACCCCUUCCAAGACGAGAACGGGAAGAAUUGAAGGCUCAGCGCUCCCAAAAGCUUCAGAAAAAUCUUACACCGAAUAGCAAGUUCCCAAAGCCAGGGCCGAAUCAAGUACGCCAGGCUAACAGUGCCAUAUCAAAUGAAAAGACUGCCUUAGAUUCCAACAAAAAAGUCAAGAAAUCUGCACUAGCUACUACAGGAUAUACUGGGACUGCGCGGCCGAAGCCUGGUGGAACAAAAACGCCAUCGCGAACGUCUGUGUCAGACCCAACUUCUCGUGUCAAUAGCAGUCAUAAUGGCAGGAAUUUUACCUCGAGGCGAAGCUUUCAGGAUAAUCGUGACGAAUACGAAGACGAAGAAGAAGAGGAAGAGGAAGAAGGCGAUUACGACUCGGAUACCUCCGACAUGGAGGCUGCCGUAUUUGAGGUCGACGAGGAAGAAGAAACCGCCGCUAAAAUAGCGCGUCGGGAGGAUGCGGAGGCCCUAGCAGAAGAGAACAAACUUAAGCGGGAAAAGGAAGAAAAACGAAAAAAAAUGGCUGCUUUGGCCAAGACUCGGGGUGGUCGAUCAUAUUAG